AUGGAAGCUGGAGGAAACAGCCUGAAGUUCCCUUCUUUCUACCCAAGAGUGGCCCCCUCCUCCCUGACCGCCUCUCGCUUUGCCUUUACCACUCCUCCAGACGACGAGCAGAUUAGUGUUGAUAGAUGUAUCGGUAACGAAUAUUGGAGAGAGUGCUGUGCUGCCAUUGAGCCGAUGUCGGCGAGGGGUGCCAAAGCCAUGUAA